AACGUUAGACUCGAGUCCUCCGUCUCUUGUUUUUCACCGACUGUCAUACCUUUUCUCUAUAUACACGGCACCGACUCUUCCUCUAUACAUACAAUACAUAAUAUUUGCUCUUGCCAACCAUUUUUGGAGCUUCCAUGUACAACAUCUCACUCUAAAGAUCUAGGCCAAUUUUGAUAGAUAUAGUUGAAAUGGAGCUUUUUGAUAAGUUCAAGAUCUGGGUUUUGUUUAUUUUGGUGAUAUUUGAAUUGGGUCAUGGCUUUUAUCUUCCUGGUAGUUACCCUCAUAAGUAUGUUGUUGGUGAUACUUUGUCUGUGAAAGUUAAUUCCUUGACUUCAAUUGAGACUGAGAUUCCUUAUAGUUAUUAUAGUUUGCCCUUUUGUAAGCCUCAAGAGGGUGUUAAGGAUAGUGCUGAGAAUCUUGGGGAGUUGCUCGUGGGGGAUAGGAUUGAGAAUUCUCCGUAUCGGUUUAAGAUGUAUACGAAUGAGACUGAGAUCGUUGUGUGUCCAAGCAGGGUUUUGUCGGGUGAGGACUUUAAGAUUUUGAAGGAGAGGAUCGAUGAGAUGUAUCAGGUUAAUUUGAUUCUUGAUAAUUUGCCGGCAAUUAGGUACACAAAGAAAGAUGGGUAUUUUUUGAGGUGGAAUGGGUAUCCGGUUGGGAUCAAGAUUCAGGGGAAGUAUUAUGUUUUUAAUCAUUUGAAGUUUACGGUUCUUGUGCAUAAGUUUGAGGAGACGAAUGUGGCUCGGGUAAUGGGUGCUGGGGAUUCAGCGGAUAUGAUUCCUACAGAUAAGAAGGGAUCGGAGAUUCCUGGAUAUAUGGUUGUUGGGUUUGAGGUUGUGCCUUGCAGUUUUAAGCAUGAUGCUGCAGCAAUGAAGAAUUUGAAAAUGUAUGGUAAGUAUCCGUCUGGGAUAAAGUGUGAUCCUACUGCUGUGGCGAUGGAUAUUAAGGAAAAUGAGCCUUUGGCAUUCAGUUAUGAGGUUGCGUUUGUGGAGAGUGAUAUCAAAUGGCCAUCAAGAUGGGAUGCUUAUUUGAAGAUGGAGGGCGCAAAAGUUCACUGGUUUUCUAUUCUGAACUCUUUGAUGGUGAUCACGUUUUUGGCUGGAAUUGUCUUUGUGAUCUUCUUAAGAACUGUUAGGAGGGACCUGACUCAUUAUGAGGAUCUUGACAAGGAGGCUCAAGCCCAAAUGAACGAGGAGUUGUCAGGCUGGAAGCUUGUUGUUGGUGACGUUUUCCGCGCUCCAAGCUACCCUUCAUUGUUGUGUGUUAUGGUCGGAGAUGGGGUUCAGAUUCUGGGAAUGGCAGUUGUUACAAUUUUGUUUGCAGCCCUAGGAUUUAUGUCUCCAGCUGCUCGAGGGACACUGAUUACAGGCAUGAUAUUUUUCUACCUGUUACUUGGUAUUGCUGCUGGCUAUGUUGCUGUUCGCAUGUGGAGGACAAUAUACUGUGGAAAUCACAAGGGAUGGGUUUCUGUCUCUUGGAAGGCUGCUUGUUUCUUUCCGGGUAUUUCCUUUCUGAUACUAACCACUCUAAAUUUCCUACUAUGGGGUAGUCACAGCACUGGAGCCAUCCCCUUUUCUCUGUUUGUAAUUCUCAUUUUGCUCUGGUUUUGCAUCUCUGUCCCGCUUACCCUUAUCGGUGGUUACUUUGGGGCAAAGGCACCUCAUAUUGAAUACCCAGUUCGAACUAACCAAAUACCCCGAGAAAUUCCUCCUCAGAAAUACCCAUCUUGGCUUUUGGUUUUCGGGGCUGGCACACUCCCAUUUGGUACACUCUUCAUUGAGCUUUUCUUCAUCAUGUCCAGUAUCUGGUUGGGUCAAGUAUAUUACGUUUUUGGGUUCCUCUUUGUCGUUUUGAUCCUUUUAGUUGUGGUUUGUGCCGAAGUAUCUCUGGUUCUGACCUACAUGCACAUAUGCGUGGAGGACUGGAAAUGGUGGUGGAAGUCAUUUUUUGCUUCAGGAUCUGUAGCUAUAUACAUCUUCUUGUACUCCAUCAACUACCUUGUUUUUGAUCUGAAGAGUUUGAGUGGGCCUGUAUCCGCAACUCUAUAUUUGGGUUAUUCGCUCUUCAUGGUUCUAGCUGUCAUGCUUGCAACCGGUACCGUUGGGUUCCUGUCUUCUUUCUGGUUUGUGCAUUAUCUGUUCUCCUCGGUGAAGUUGGAUUAAAGAGCUUUCUCCUCUUCAACGCACAAGGUACCAGGAUCAGUCAUCAAGAAUCAGACGCAUCCUCAAUUACUGUCUCUUAUCUUAAAAUUUGUUGGUUUCUUAUAAUGUAGAAGAAUAAUACCGUAGUUUCCAAUUUUAAAUUUGUUUCUUCUUUAUAUAAAAGUACUUGUACCUAGCAUGAUCAAUCUCGUUGUGGAUUUCCUUGUGGGAAGUCGAUGUUUUCUAUUGUUCUUGAUAAUGUGUAUCAUUGUAUGAUUUUACGGCA